AUGAAAACCCUAGAUCUGCCCGAAGCCCUUCGAUCUUCCUCUUUUUUCCUUCCCACCGUAGAUCCAAAAGGGCUGAGAUUGAUCCCUUCAUGCCUCCGACAACCUCUGGUUUCUCCAGGGGAAAGCAAAAGAUUGAGCCUUUGGCCUUGUCUCUUGUUCGGGGCUUCUGGAUGUGGGGCCAUCUCACAAGCUGCUGAGAAGGACGAGCAGAAAUAUGGUUCCAGGCGGGGGAAAAGUUUCUGCACUUUUUUGUUUUUUUUUUUAAUUUUUGGCUCCCGAUUCCUCUUUUCUCUCUUUCUUUCUUUUUUUCUUUCUUUUCUUUUCUUUUCUUUUUUUUUUCCCCGUUUUGCAUUGUCCAUUCUUUUCCUUCUCUUU